ACCAUGGGUGGUGAGCCAAACGAAGGCACCGCUGUAACAACUCCUAGACAGAUGCUGUCUUAUCAAUUUAGUACUCGCGCUCGUACUCAAUUUGAAUGUGGAGUUUUGGGUUAGAUUUUGAUAGUUAAUUGCCGGUUAAAAAUUAUGGGUGACAGUGAUAAGGAAAUAAAGAUAAUACCAAAGAAACAAAAACGACUUCGUAAGCUGGUUGCCGGAGAUAAUCCACCCGUAAAUGUUGCUGCUGGUAAAUUAAUUGCAUUUCGAACGAUUGGCAUUUGCUUUUUAAUCGCAGUCGUAAUCGGAUUAGCUACAACCCAUCCCAAUGCAUUUCAUGAGUUUAUACGCAGCUAUCGAGAACAGUACCACUUGAUGGUAUAUGGGACAAGUAAUUAUUGCUCACGACUCUUUAAUUUUAAAGACUUGCUGAGAAUCCUACGUGAAAAUGUUUAUGGUCAGGAAAAGGCUCUUGACAAAAUCGAAACAAUUUUCCGUUUACAUGGCAAUCUAUCAUCUAUAGCAAUCGUGGGAACAGCAGGAGUCGGAAAGACGUAUUUCAUUAAUUUGGUUCGUAACUAUUAUCCAUGGAAGGAUAAUGUGCAUCAUUAUGUUUGGUCGACAUAUAGCGAAAAGGAUGAAGACAAAUUUGAUCAAGUGAACCAGUUUAUUAGCAAAUUAUCUACUUGUGGGCAUAAUAUCAUUCUAAUUGACGACCUUUUGCCAAAGGAUAAAGACUUUGUCUUAGAGUAUCAACAUUCAGUCGAGAAAGCGCUAUCGAAUAGUAGUCGUUCGAUAAAACUGACGGUAGUAUAUGUGUUUCAUAUACCGCGAUACACUGAGGCUUCAAAAACCAGUUACCAAGACAAUAUGAAAUAUUUAGAAAAUCUAGGAAACAUAAAGACUGUAAUUUUCAAUGAGUUGACUGAUUUAAAUGUAGAGAAAUGUAUAAGAAAAAUUUCCAGUGAUUUGAAUGUGAGACUGACUCAGAAACAAAUUUUAGAUAUUUUAAGGUCAAUUGAUGUAAUUAAGGUAGGAUGUAAAACUGUACAUGCAAAAAUUACUAAAUAUAGUGAAUAUAUGUUAUGAAAAGUCCU